AUGUGCGGGCAGUGCAGCUCUCUUAAAGCUAACUGGAGAAACGCCUUCUUGAUUGGAGAGAGACCACACGAGGCUGAAAAACUGUUGCUUUGCCAAAGAACGGCACUUGUCAAAAAAACUCUUAAUUUAGGAGCUCCACAGUCUAAGGUUAACCUAAAGGCUGGUUUUAGAGUAACUGGUAUUUACCCUUUAAACCGCAAAGAAGUGUUGCAGCGUCUUCCAGAAUAUGACAAAGCAAAAGUCGAUGAACUAACUGCCAAGGAAUCUUUAGGUGAAAGUUUCAAGUGCUAUCUGGCGGAAUUGCGUGAAAAUGAUUUAGGAACCAAAAACCAAAGAAAAAUUCAAAUGCCAGUUAUUGCUGGGAAAAGCAUGUCAGUGGAGGAAGUUGAGCAGUUCUAUAAGAACAAAGCUGAAAAAGCAAAAAAUAAGGAUCCAAAGCAGCCUACCGACCCAGAGUUCAGUAGAUCCUAA